GGGGCACAAGAUGGCGCUGCCCUCCGCACGUUGCUGGAACUUGUACCGCUGGGGAGCCAAGCGAUGGGGGGUCCCUGCCGGGGUAACCCGGAGAGGCAUCAGUUUCAAACUGGAAGAAAAAACUGCCCACAGCAGCCUGGCACUCUUCAGAGGCGACACGGGUGUCAAAUACGGCUUGGUGGGAUUGGAACCCACCAGGGUGGCCCUGAAUGUGGAGCGCUUCCGAGAGUGGGCAGUGGUGCUCGCAGACGCCACAGUCACCGGUGGCAGACACUACUGGGAGGUGACGGUGAAGCGCUCUCAGCAGUUCCGGAUAGGAGUGGCAGAUGUGGACAUGUCCCGGGACAGCUGCGUCGGGGCUGAUGAUCGUUCCUGGGUCUUCUCCUAUGCCCAGCGCAAGUGGCACAGUAUGUUGGCUAACGAGAAAGCCCCGAUUGAGGGGAUUGGGCAUCCAGAGAAAGUGGGCCUGCUGCUGGACUAUGAGGCAAAGAAGCUGUGUCUGGUGGAUGUGAGUCAGAUCUCCGUGGUCCACACGCUACAGACAGAUUUCCGGGGCCCGGUGACGCCGGCUUUUGCCCUCUGGGAUGGAGAGCUCUUAACCCACUCAGGACUAGAAGUGCCCAAAGGUCUCUAAUGUGGCCCUUACCUAAGUCCCGUAAUCAUGCUCACGGUCGGCUUUCUGUUCAAAGGGUCUAAAGCUGUUGUACUUUGUCUCAAGAGACUGGUAGCCCUCACAAUUCAGUCGGGACCCUUUGUGCAAUAUUUGAGUCCUCUUCCUCCGAUCCCUACUCCUCGGAAGCUAGGUUUACAGCCAAACUUUGCCCUCGCAUUACUGCCAGUUUCCCAGGGCACCGGGUGAUCUUCUCCUCCAGCUGCUUCCUUGGGGCCCUCUAUUUGUGCCCAGGUGUCUUAGACUGUUCAGCCACUACCUCUCCUUCCCUUACCCACAUGUAACUUGUUUUGGGGGUUCACCAGAUUCUCCAGGGUAAAAUGUUUUCUACCUCUGGCUGGAGGAGUGGUGGCCUUUUCUCUGAUGCACCUGAGUCUUGGGUUCUGGCUCCCUCCCUGCUGUAUUGACCAGUAGGUCAGCGCCACAGACGUCAGUCCCGCGCAGAUGCAGCUCUCCACACACCUCUGAUACCCAGCCAGUGUGUCAGAACCAUUGUGCUAGUUACAGCUGUGACCAGAGGGGAGGAGACACUCGGGGGACAUGCGGGGCUGUAGUGCCAGUUCCAGCUACAUUAUCUGCCACAGUUGGAAGUGCCAGAGAGAAGAGGGAGUUCACACAACCCAUUUUAGAGCCCAUUCAGACCCAAAACUCCCAUCCCACUUGGCCACAGAAUAUACUUAAUCAAAGCAGUAUUUGGGGUUGAGGAAAACCUGGUGGAAUAGGUGGAUAUGUGUGUGGAAUAUAUAUUGUUUGGAUUUUUGUCUGACCCCAUGAUUCCGUCUUAUUUUAUUACCUAUGAAAGUGAUGAAAUUGGGUAUCUUUAGGGGAGAAAGAGACUAGAUUUAGAAAAAAAAUCAUGUA